AUGACUUCAAAGGCCAUGGUUUUGCCCCUUGUUCGUCAAAUUGCGACGAGGGGUUAUGCACAGGCUGCUCCUGCGACAAGGGAAGUGCGCGUGAAUUCGAAUAUAUUGUCGAAUAAGACCUUUGUUGCUACAGUAGAUAAUGGGUCUCCAGUUACCAGAGUCACCAUAGCCUUUAAGGCUGGUUCUCGUUAUGAGCCACAAACAGAGUUGGGUGUUGCUCAUGUCCUACGAUCAGCUGCAGGCCUCAGCACUAGGAAUGCUAGUGCUUUCAUGAUAUCUCGCAAACUGUCACAAGUUGGAGCUUCAUUCUCUGCAUCAGGGGACAGAGAAUUCAUCUACUACACCCUUGAGGCCACUCAAGACAAUUUAGAUGUUGCUCUUGAAUAUUUGAACAACAUAGUGUCUAACCAGGAGUUCAGGCCUUGGGAGCUCAGUGACAAUGCUCCUCGUAUGAAAUAUGAGAUUGCUUCUCUAGCACCUCAGAUUCGUGCUGUAGAUCUUCUACAUCGUGCAGCCUACCGCCGUGGCCUUGGGAAUUCCCUCUUCAUUUCCCCGAAGAAAAUUGGUCAUAUCAGCUCAGAGUCAGUACAACAUUAUGCCAGUACAACAUUGUCACACUCUCGUUGUGCCAUUGUUGUUGUUGGAAGCAACCAGGAGAAAGCCAGCAUUGUUGCUCAAGCUUUGCAGUUACCUUCAUCUGGUGAUGCAUCAUGUGAAAAGGCUUCUUAUUUUGGAGGUGAACUUAGGAAGGAAAUGGGUGGAGAUUUAUCUCAUGUGGCACUAGCAGUCCAGGGAGCUUCAGCUGGUUCUAAACAGAGCCUCGCCCUUGCUGUAGCUGCUAAGGCCAUUGGAAGUGGACCGGUUACUAAAUGGGGAGCUGACAACUCGCCCAUUGCCAAGGCAAUUGGCAAUGUAGGUCCAUUUGCUGCAGCUGGAUUCAAUGUCUCAUACUCAGACAAUGGACUUUUUGGUGUCAUCCUUUCAGUGGCUAAGGACGAGGCAGCUAGUGCAGUAAAGAGUGCUGGUCAAUUUUUGAAGAACCCCUCACUGUCAAAUGAAGCUAUUAAAGCUGGCAAGAACCAACUAAAACUACAAGUAUUAAGUGAAGCUGAUCAGGGCUCCGCCCUGGUUGAAUCUCUUGCUGCCCAGGGCUUUUACACAGGAACAGCCAAAUCCCCUAUUGAGAUUGCUGCAGAAAUUGAUCAAAUUUCCGACAGUGAUGUAUCAGAGGCUCUAUCUAAUGCUGUAAGAAACAAAAUGUCAAUGGGAGCUGUUGGUAACCUAGCGUUCGUUCCAUAUGUAGAUGAAGUAUAA